UUAAAAAUCUCAAUUAAUUAACACAAGUACCUUGUUAUCUCAUCUUCAAUAAUUUAAUCUCCAAUCAAUCCACUCAAUCAUGCUACUAUCAUCAUCUUCUUCUUCUUCCUCCCCUCUUCGUUCAUUCCUCUGGUUGUAUCUAUGGAUUCCAUUACUAUCUUCCUCACUCUUCAUCCCCUUUACUUCUGCAAAUUCCCACAACAACAUCAUGCUUUCAACUGACCCAGAUUUCUCUUCCCCUUCAAAAUCAUCUCACCCCCACCAUUUUCAUUCUUCUGAUAGUUGCUCCUCUCCUGAUCUUCACCGCCCUGUUAUUGGGAUUGUUUCCCACCCCGGCGAUGGCGCCUCGGGUCGGCUUAUGAAUGGUACCAAUGUGUCUUACAUUGCUGCUUCUUAUGUCAAGUUUGUUGAAUCAGCUGGUGCUAGAGUUAUUCCUCUUGUUUAUACUGACCCCCUUGAUGUUAUCAUGAAUAAACUGGAGUUAGUGAAUGGGGUGCUUUUUACUGGUGGAUGGGCCAAGAAAGGUUUGUACUUUGAUGUUGUGCAGGCGAUAUUUAAGAAAGUGCUGGAGAAGAAUGAUGCAGGGCAGUAUUUUCCUUGUUAUGCAAUCUGCCUGGGUUUUGAGCUUCUUACAAUGAUCGUCAGUAAGGACAACAAUAUCCUUGAACAUUACGGUGCAAGUUUGCAGCCUUCUACUCUUCAGUUUGUCAACAAUAUUGGCGUAAAAGGAACUGUUUUCCAGAGUUUUCCUCCUGAAUUGCUGAGGAAGUUAAGCACAGAUUGCCUUGUAAUGCAAAACCAUAAAUUUGGUAUAUCACCUGAAACACUUCAAGGGAAUCAACUCUUAUCAAAUUUUUUUGAUAUUAUAACAACUAGCACUGACAGAGAUGAUAAGGUAUAUGUCUCAACCGCAAAAGCACAGCACUACCCUAUCACUGGUUUCCAGUGGCAUCCGGAGAAAAAUGCAUUUGAAUGGGGCUAUGCAAUGAUUCCCCAUUCAGAAGAUGCGGUUCAAGUUACUCAGAAUGUUGCUAAUUUUUUUAUCAGUGAGGCAAGGAAAUCUCCUAACAGGCCACCUGCGCAGGAUGUGCUCAACAAUCUCAUAUACAAUUUCAGUCCUACAUACUGUGGCAAGCAAGGGAAAGGAUAUGAUGAGGUCUAUAUCUUUACAUAACGAACUGCAUCCGUAAUGGAAGUGUAGCGGUUUCUGUUGUACAUUAUCAAUACAGGUGUUCCAAAUGUAAUUCGGAAGUUUUAUUCUAUUAGUCCAAAUCCCAAUUGAUAUUUGCUUUCACUCUCUAUUUUCUUUCACAAGUGAAAGUACAGAUUAUUGUUGGUGCAAAUGCCCUCUUCCUUUACUAGUUGGGGCAAAAUGCACUGGACUAGCUAUCCUUGCUACGAUUCAUUACAAUGUUUAUCCACAAUUUCUUUCAAGUUUUAUCUUGUAACAUAUUCUUAUACCA